AGUAUGUUGACAUGUGUGAAUCUCCGUAAAAGUAUCGCUGAGUCCUUUCCGCCGAACAGUUACUCGGACCGCCCUUGCUAGAUCGCAGCUUCCUCAUCUCACUCGUUCAGAAUCAACAUGGUCUUCACCUUUGAUACCCUCCGCGAUUGGAAGAACAGUAUCUCCCAUAUGCAACGAAGCAAGAGGAAAGAGGACAGCAUCGCGGAUGUAAUGUUUACCAACAUGAUGCAACAUAACAAGGACUUCAGGUCCUUGGUCCCCAGUUACAUCGCGAAGAUGAACGCGGACAUAGACUUCAAAGCCGAUUCCAAGCGUUGUCGUAAUCCCAAAUCAUCUCGUCUUACUGCUGAGACGACAGAAAAAAAUGGGUUCGAUACGGCGGCCUCACAUAGCUCAGAAGACCAGAAAGAAAUCAAGGCGCUACCAAAGUUGACACCAAAAGGACUGCUAAACAAACUUGGAGGCUUGGAGCCGAAGGUCUCACAACGACUUGGUCGGAACAAGAGGGCAAUGACGUUCGAAGAUCAGGUGGUACCGCACCAUGGGCGGAAACGAACCCGAGAUCCCGAGGAUACGGCAAUGAAAGCGGAUGGUGCGGAAGAGAGGGAAGGACACAGGGCGAAGAAGAGGGUUAAGGGUAGGCCGGUGGCUACCCGCUACCGUAAUCGGGAUGGUGUGAGGGACCAGAGGGAACAGAAGGAACAGAAGUUUUGA